GAAGUGUUGGUUUUUAGAGGCUAUUAAGGGUAGGAGGGUGGUGAUAGCUUUAGCGCGGGGCCUGCUGAGGUGUUCUGGUUCUCGCUGCUGUUCCGGACCUGCUUCAAGAUACAACUCAGUGCAGUGUCUUGCCCUUGCUGGUCAGAGGUCUGCGGUCUCUCCUCUCUACCUCAGCUCGGAAGGAUGAAUCCAGUCACCACUAUGUCGAGCAAGAGGGCAAAGACCAAGACCACCAAGAGGCGCCCUCAGCGCGCGACCUCCAACGUGUUCGCCAUGUUUGACCAGUCGCAGAUCCAGGAGUUCAAGGAGGCCUUCAACAUGAUCGACCAGAACAGAGAUGGCUUCAUUGACAAGGAGGACCUGCACGACAUGCUGGCCUCGCUGGGGAAAAACCCAACUGAUGACUACCUGGACACUAUGAUGAGCGAGGCACCAGGCCCCAUCAACUUCACCAUGUUCCUCACCAUGUUUGGAGAGAGGCUCAACGGCACAGACCCCGAGGAAGUCAUCCGGAAUGCCUUUGCCUGCUUCGAUGAGGAGGCCACAGGCACCAUCCAGGAGGACUACCUGCGUGAGCUGCUCACCACCAUGGGCAACCGCUUCACAGACGAGGAUGUGGACGAGCUGUACCGAGAGGCCCCCAUCGAUAAGAAGGGCAACUUCAACUACGUCGAGUUCACACGCAUCCUCAAGCACGGGGCCAAGGACAAGGACGACUGAAAAGAACUCCAAAUUCCAUCCAAAUGCUCCUUGUUGCCACUUUGGGUAUUUCUGAGAUUUUCUCUUAGAGCCUGUUGCAUGCCUAUAGCCUGACAGCUUUUGCCUUCCUUGUUUUGUAUUUAUUCUCAGCCAUUUUGGGGCACAUCUAUCUUUAUAAUCAAACUGGAAUUGGGACGUUUUGUUGUUUUCAGACUGGAAGGUAGGGUAAUGUACCUUACCUGUGGUCCUCUUCCCUCAGUAACUGCAGACUACAGAGUCAAUAUAUUUUUUCAGAGAAAGUUAUUUGCACAAUUUUUUCUGAACCAUAAUUAAACUUUUAUGAUAAAAUA